CACGAUUCUCGUGAUUCUCUUCGCAAAUCGUGUUACUCAUCGAUCCGAGUGAAAUCUCUAACAUUUUGUUUCAACUGUUGCGACGAUAAGAAGUGUGCAAAGACAGUAGCCUUAAUAAUAAUCUUAAGUGUACAUUCUAAGACAAUUUCUGCAAAUUUGGAGCAAGUUUUGCGCUGUAUCUUCGUUUCAUUUAACAAAAACGGAUACGCAAAUUAAGAGGGUUGCUGAUAAACUCAGAGAGACCAAACAAUUUGAUGGCUAUUUAUUGAGGCUUUAUCCAAAUCGAAAGUGAUUGCUGCGCAGUGUGAGUCACCGGUGACUCUAAUCACUAAUAUUGUAAUAUACAUCAUAAUUGUCUACCGACAGAUGAUAACAGGAAGGAUUUUAUGAUUUUGGGUCUUAUUAUAAACAAUAUAUCAAAUAGCCUGAACGGAAGUUCCAGACAUAUUGUAUACAUAGUGCUAAUGCGAUUGAGACGGUGCGAGGGCUCAUUGCCCGCAUUUAUACUUCUUUUUAUACAAGGUUUUUUACUGUGCGCUCUUCUAGCCGUAUAUGAAUAUGCUCCCGAAGCAGAUGCCGGUAAACGGCAGAAUAGCAUUGCACCUUAUUUAAAUGGAGCAACGAACUGUCUGCCUGUUAUGUACACAUUGUAUCAAGAUGUCCAUGUGAUGAUCUGGAUUGGUUUUGGUUUCCUGAUGACAUUCCUAAAACGGUAUAGCCAGAGUGCUGUGGGCCUUACCUUUCUCCUCGGUGCAAUCUUUUUUCAAGUAGCUCUACUCUGCAAUGGUGCGAUGCAUAUAAAAUUGGGAAACAAGGCUUAUCUCUCGGUAGAAAGCCUUCUUAAUGCUGAUGUUGCUGUUGCUACUCCACUUAUCUCGAUGGGAGCGCUUUUGGGUAAAGUGACUUAUAUACAAUUACUGUUUAUUGGUACAGUGGAGUUGAUCAUGUUCACCGUUAAUAAAUACGUGGGAGAACAUCUGUUUAUGGUUGUCGAUGCCGGUGAUAGUAUGUUUGUCCACGUAUUUGGAGCAUAUUUCGGACUUGCCGUCAGCUUCGUAUUUGGGAUGAAAGAGAAACCAAAUGUACAUCAUCUUGAAGGAGCUUCUUAUCAAUCGGAUAUAUUUGCAAUGAUUGGUACAGUGUUCUUAUGGUUAUUUUGGCCAUCAUUUAACAGUGCGUCAUUGACGGGGGACGAUCAGCAGCGUGCUGUAAUUAAUACUGUGCUGUCAAUAUCCGCUAGCUGCAUAAUUGCGUUUGCCGUGUCUGCACUAAUUUCCAAAAACAAUAAAUUCAACAUGAUACACGUGCAAAAUUCAACUCUAGCUGGUGGAGUAGCCAUUGGUACUGCCGCAGGUAUGAUGUGUGAGCCUGUGGGUGCAGUGGUCAUUGGUGCUCUCUCCGGUGUGAUUAGCGUUCUCGGAUACAACUAUAUCACGCCAAUCAUACAAAAGCGACUUCGGAUCCAUGAUACUUGCGGAGUCCAUAAUUUACAUGGAAUGCCGGGCGUGCUGGCUGCUCUUUUCGGUGCACUUAUGGCAAUUUUGGCUACAGAAACCUCUUAUGAUUAUUCUUUAUAUGAAAUUUUUCCCGCUCGGGCGCCGAGUUCGGAAAUAAAAAUUGCCGAGAUGCGAGAUACUUAUGGGAUAUCACCUGGACUUGAUAGAACAGCUUAUCAACAAGGUGGAUAUCAAAUAUUAGCACUAGUAGUCACCCUUGGAAUCUCUGUUGUUUCCGGAUUAAUAACAGGUUUAAUCAUGUGUACUUUGAUUCAUGGCUGGAUGGCUAAGGAGCAGCAGUUUGACGAUGAGACUGUUUGGGAGUUGGAAGAAUCUCAAGAAUCGUGUCAGAAAAACCAAGAGAAUGAAGUAUCAAUGAACAAUAUGUAAUAUACACAACUACCUAUUUUACAAAAAUCUCUAAUGUGGAAAUAUUACCAAUAUAUGUAUAUAUACAUAUAUGUACAUAUAAUAUUGAUUUAAUUACUGUCUUAUACUUAUACUGUUUAUAAUUAUGAUACAAUUUAUAAUUGUAUAAACAUAUCUAAAGAAAGUUUUAAAUUCUACUUUAUUGUAUAAUAUUAGUUUCUAAAUUAUAUAUACAUAUAUAAAUUUAAUUAGAGUUUUAUUAGUAAUGUACACGCAAUGGGUGAUUAUUAUAAAUGGGUUUUGUCGAAA